UGGGAUUACGUCGCGGAUAUAUACGCGCGAGCCGCGAGCGGAUGCACAGUCCGUCUCGUCUUCGUGCUCGCUCGGUCCGGCUCGUCCGAACUGACGAACUCCAAGUCAGUCCGGCUUCGAGCAGAGUCGCCCCCGCUUUCUUCGCGCCAACGGUAAAUAGAGCGGGGCCAGCCUUACUCCGCUGUGCAGAUUAAUCGACAGGGUUGCAGGGCUCUCUUUCCCCCUCGCGCGCCUAGUCGCCAGUAGUCGCUGGUAGUCGCAAGUGCAUCGUAUUUGAGCGACGCAUCGCGCGUCACGGUCGACUUCAAGGCAGUGAUACGGUGAGAGGGUAGGGGAACAAUAUGAACUCGAUCGUGACGUCCCUGCAUCGAGGAUUCUACGCUCGAGCCCCAGGAUUCGUGCUCGGCACCUGCCGUCAAGUACGUCGUAUAAAUUCGAUCUUCAAUCGUGUCCUGCGUCACAGCGUAUAUAUACCUUAUGUCACCGUUAAGAUGUACCCGCUGGGAGCGAUGUUACUUCGCGAGUACACGGUCUGUCGACAAAUAAUAGCCGUUAUCGAAGCGACGUCCUGUAGCGAGUGCAGCGUCGCGACACCGCGCGGAUAUGUGUAUUGUCAAUAAAGCGACGCACUCGAUCGCGACGUUACGUCCUGGACGGAAGUUAUUGGCUACGGAUGUUAUUCGCAACGUCACCGAAGACACCUGGAACGAAGAUCGUGUAACAUUGCGCAAAUAUUCGUUAUGAAAGCAAUUACUCCGGAUUUCAUGAUACUACAAUGCGGUGCGAAGAGUGGGAUACUCCUGGGAUACAUUUUCUAGCGAUCGUUGGAAAUUCCGAACUAAAAUAAUACGGUGAGCAUUUCUGUCGCCCGAGAGAGUCUGUCAAUCCAGGAACCUGUGGUGUUUUGAAUUAAAGAGAAUCACGGCAAAAACAUUACAAGUGAAAUCUCGCGAUCGCGGAUGGAUUGAUCAGUGCGCGCCGAAAUCGCAUCGUCGAGGCUUUCCUCCCCGUCGGUCAGGAGUGCAUCGGAUGCGUGAGAAAGUGCAGCUGCAGCAGUAGCAGCAGGGCGUCGGGAGGAGAGGUUAGGCGAGGCCGACACCCACCGAGCGAGUCGAUCAGCUGUUCCGCGGUGCCGACAUCAUUGUCAUUUCGGACGCAGAUAGUCCCAAUGCUACUCUAUCAAGAAGACAUUUCGGACAUCAUUGUUUCAAGUACUUCUUGGCGCGAACGUGAGUGAAAGAAAAAGGGAUAAUGUUGUCGUACAUGUUGCCGACGGAGGACAAGCCACCGCCCGGCGAACCCAACAGCCAACAGAACAAUUAUCGCACGGCCAGCAAGCUGCAAAAGAGCACCGCUGUAGUGAGCACAUCUCCCAGAAAAUGCACAGACACGACUAGACCGAUGAUCGUCUCCACCAAGAUCGAGGAUCCAACUGGCGAUCCUGUCGCCCGGCACGGUUUCCCUCGACCGGUCGAGAGCCCGAAGCACAAUGGAACGACAACCACGAGGAAAUCGACUCUGCACAACGCUAGCAGGGUUACUAAGGACGACAGCCUCUACAGCAUCGACAGUGUAGCUAGUACCGCCGGCAGCGAACGUAAGAACAAGAUUCUCAACGGCGCAAAGCACGCCAGCCUGAAAAGAGUAUCCUUUGGCUCGAGCAAAGGAUCGAUGGUGGAAACACUCGUUUAUGAGACUCCCGUACAAGAGGAACCUGAGAUCAAUCACUUUCUGGAUCACAACGGCCGCUUACCUCCUCCUAUGAUACCUGUGCCUGAUACUGACGAAGGUAGAGAAAAAGUACGUGUCUCGUUGUUAGGUCCACAACCAUCGCCGGCGACGCCAGGUGUUCUCUUGCUAGAGCCGAUCACGCAUUCGACAGGACUCCCAAUAAACAUGGCCAACAAUCCCACGGAACUUCUGACUACGCACACUGAGCACACCACACCUGCCUACCACACGCAAAUCAGUACGGACAGCGGCUGGGACAAUCCAUUCAGACCGGAUGGCGAUCUCUCUCGGGAAGCCGAUGAGAUCGUCGAAUUAAUAAAGGGUGGGAAACCGAUCACGCCGACUCCGGGUCAGAACGCGCCGCCGUUACCAGGAUGCGAUGGCAAAUCAGGCGAUUCAAGUACCAGCCCGCUUCUUAAAUCUGCGAAUUGUCACGCUAACUCGUCACCGAGGCCCGGUCAGGAGAAUGGCAGUGCACGAGGUGGCACUCCUUCGAAAAUUGCCGGCAACCAACCUGUUAACGAAAAGGUCGGCGCAUCUCGGACUGCAACAGUGGAAGUUGCGAGGAUGACGGCGCAGGGCCCGGGCGAUGCGUCACAGGUCGAGCACGUUACCCUGAAGAAGAAGCCUAAGUGCAAGUGCUGCGUGCUGCAGUAAUGAUCGCGCGACGGAGCCAGCGGGGACGCGCACGAGAGACGAUCCUCCUCCAUUAUCGGGAGCAUAACUUCAGCUUCGUGGCUAUUGAAGAAAUCACAACUGGGCAACUCGAGGUAUCGAGGACGCAUCGAUGAAGAAGCGACUCGAAGAGGAUGCCGGAACAGGAAAGUGCCGGCAUUCCAAACACGCUCGAGACCUAGAGAACAGGUCCAGAAGAUAAUUUCUUAGAGGAAGAAAAAGGUUUCGUCUUUAAAGAAAGUGAAGAAAGUGGAAACGAAAUAUUGGAAACGAUGAGAAUAUGAUUGGAUAUACGAGAACAUCAGAUUAGAAAUCUGAAAAAAAUGACACGAGCAGCAAGUCAAACAAGAUGUCAAAGAAGCUUCUUGUAUCUUUCAAUCAUGAAGAAAAGGGAAACAAGAAAGAAUAUUUUGAUGGUAACAAGAGCAAAUUUAAUCGGAAGAAAAUGAGGUAAGAGGCUAUCGAUAUAUAUUCUUGUUGAGGAGAUUGGAAUCUCUCUUAAAAUGCUCUGGAACAUGAAGUUAACCCUUGCCGUGGAAGAUUGGACUCUCGCCAGGCUAUCUCUGGCUUUCAAACACGGAAAAGAGGGAUCCACGUGGAGGAUGAGACAAGGAACGUCAGUGCGCGAACAUUGAACCGCUUUUCGAGAGACAAUGAUAUUUUAAUGAUGUCACGAGAGAGACCAGAGUUAGGAAAGAAAUGGAAAGAGAAAGAGAAAGAAAAAGAAAUAUAUAUAUAUUAUACAUACAAAACUAUAUUGUAGAUACAGAAUGGUAGCUGUAUAGCUUAUAUGCUUUUACUAUCGUGGUUAAUAAUCAUCAAGAUUAUCGUGAUUUAAAAAAUGCAUCGUACGCGUAGAGCGAGAAAGGAAAAGAAAGAAUGUGCGAGAGAAAGCGCGAAUGUGAAUGAGAGAGAAAGGGAGGGAUGAUGAAUAAUAUGACUAUAUAGGUGGGAAGAAUGUGCGCGACGAGGCAUGUAGGCUGCGUUUAGAGAGCGUUAUCAAUGUUUUUUGUAUCAUAUUAUCCUUCACAUUCUAACGGUGAGGAUAGAAUGACAUAAAUAACGCUAAUAACGUCUUCCCGAACGCAAUUGUAAAGUUCCGCGGGACGUCAUUCGUCCGUUAGAUCUCGAUGCAAACAGAUAUAUCGCCGUUUCUGAGGAAGCUAACUUGGCAGCUUUGAUCAAUUUUUCUUUGCACUGCGAAGGAUUUUCAACGCGUCGAACAUCACUGUAUACAGAGGGAGUGUGCCAAAUAUACCGCAUGCUCAUUCGCAAAUUUCUGGAUCAGUUUUCCUUCAGUGUCACAUUAUACCGUUUCACAGGUGCAACACAUGUAUGGCAUAUCCAA